AAAGAAGACGUUAAUUGAAUCGAUGGAGAGUUAGGGCUCGUUCGACCAUGUCCGGAAGGAGCCGCAUGCCGCCUCCGCACGCCCCCGUUCCUCCGCCGCCUCACCACGACGCUCCGCGCCCCCCUCUCUUCGCCGGCCCAGGUCUCCUGCCGAUCCAUCCAGCUGCGCUCCUCGAGGAGGCAGGGAGAGACGGCCCGCCCUUCGGCCUCCACGGCGGUCGACCGCACCCUCACCCGGCCGUCAUCGAGGAGCACCUCGCCGUCCAGCACCAGGAGAUCCAGGGCCUUCUCGCCGACAACCAGCGCCUCGCCGCUACGCAUGUCGCCCUCAAGCAGGAGGUCGACGCGGCGCAGCAUGAAAUCCGGCGCAUGUCCCACGCCUUCUCCUCUAUGCAAGCGGAUAAGGAUCUGCAGAUCCGGGAGGUUUAUGAGAAGUCAGUUAAGCUGGAAUCGGAACUUAGGGCAGUCGAUGCUAUGAAGGGUGAGCUGAUACAGACACGUGGGGACAUACAGAAGCUCACUGCUGCCAAGCAGGAGCUAACAGGCCAAGUGCAGGCGCUCACCCAAGAGUUGACUCGGACAUCUGCAGAUUUGCAACAGGCACCUGCUAUCAAAGCUGAGAUUGAAGCCACAAAGCAGGAAAUUCAACGGGUGAGGGCUGCUAUAGAGUAUGAGAAGAAGGGAUAUGCAGAGAAUUACGAACAAGGACAAGUGAUGGAGAAAAAUCUAAUUUCAAUUGCUCGGGAGGUUGAGAAGCUAAGAGCUGAGGUUGCCAAUGCUGAAAAACGUGCCAGAGCUACCACUGCUGCUGGAAACCUAGCUGCUGGUUAUGGUGGUAACUACGGCAAUCCUGAUCCCAGCUAUGGCGGAAAUCAAUAUCCUUAUGGCUACGGAAUGAAUCCCAUCGCUGGAGCUGCUGAUGCUGGCCCUCAGUAUGGAUCUGGAUCCGGCCAUAGUUCUUGGGGUGCAUAUGACAUACAAAGAGAUCACGGGCGCAAAUAAGUAAAUGAUUCUAUAAGAGAAUCAUCUCACUAAUUCUACCAUGAAGUGUCAUUUUGAUCCUGUGGAUGCAAAGUAAAUUGUUCCUGAGUUACAAUUCAGAGUGUUGGUAGCCAAAAAUGACAAGGCGCUCAAAGUUCUACCGAAUAUCUUGAUUAGCAUUGUCUAUGUUCAAAAAAAUUUCACUUGUAAUGGGCACUUAUCUUCUAAAUUAUGUAGUUGCUUUAAGUAAUUGCAUUACUGGUUAUAUGUUUGUUCCAUUCUGGUUGUCGCUAAUGAUGGGUUUCUUCUGUUCUAUUGUA